UGGUGCAGGAGGCAGCGCCAUUGAACCUUUGUGAGGUUAUUUUCAUGUGAGCUCUGUUGGAUUUUUAACGACACAUUUCUUAAAUAUAUUUGUCCCUUCUAUAAUCUUCCACAAAACUGGAUUUUAUCGCUGGCUGUUCUGGGAGCUCCUGGUUUGGAAAGCUUAAUAUGGAAUACAGUGGAUUUACUGCUCGGUGUUUUGUGUUUGGUGUAACGUCCAUUCUCCUCUUGUUGUCGACGGUAAACGGAGAUGUGAGCUAUUCCACUCCAGAGGAGAGGAAGAUUGGGUCUGUGAUUGGGAAUCUGGCAAAAGAUCUGGGAAUAAAUGCGAAAACGUUGUCGCUGCGUAAAGCGCGUCUGGAUGUCGAUGAUGGCAGCAAACGUUACUGUGGCAUAGACAUGAAGACUGGAGACCUGAUUGUAGCCGAGAGAAUCGACAGAGAGCAGCUGUGUGGGUUCGUGACUGACUGUGCGUUAAAAUUCGAAGUGAUCCUCGAAAAUCCUCUGGAAUUACAUCGCAUUGUGGUAGAAAUCGCAGAUAUUAAUGAUAAUUCUCCAGCUUUCGCCAAGGACGUUGUUAAAUUGGAGAUCAGAGAAUCAGCCGUUAAAGGCGCUCGCUACGCUGUAAGUCAAGCCCGUGACGCAGAUAUAGGAGUGCAUGCUGUACAGAGCUACAAAUUACAGGAUAAUCGAUACUUUUCUUUCCUUUUCCAUAAUAAUCCCGGUCAGGAAAAAUAUGGCGAGCUGGUUUUAGAGAAAGAGCUGGACCGUGAACAGGAGCAGGAGGUGAGGUUGAUGCUCACCGCUAUCGAUGGAGGUAAUCCGCCUAGAUCUGCCUCUAUAGUCAUACAUGUUACUGUACUCGAUGCUAAUGAUAAUUCUCCAGUCUUCAGCCAGACAGUUUAUAAAGUGAGUCUGCGUGAAGAUUCACCAGUUGGCACCACAGUAACUACAGUGAGCGCCACUGACGCUGAUGAAGGCGCUAAUGGUCAGGUGACGUAUGAAUUCGGACAUAUGUCUGGUGACGUGCUUAAAUUAUUUACCCUUGACUCGCAAACAGGGCGUUUGAUUUUAAGUGGAAACUUAGAUUAUGAAAAACAAACGAUGUAUGAAUUAAGCAUUGAAGCUAAAGAUGGAUCAGGACUGGCUUCUUUCGCUAAAGUUGUGAUUGAUGUAGUCGAUGUUAACGACAACGCACCCACUAUACAACUAAAGUCACUCAGCAAUCCGAUUCCAGAAAACACGUCACCUGGAACUGAAGUAGGCAUUAUUAAUGUACAAGACAAGGACUCUGAGAAAAAUCGUCAGAUUCGCUGCAGCAUUCAGGGAAACGUUCCUUUUAAAUUAACACCAUCUAUUAAAAAUUAUUUCUCAAUCUCUACAUCUGGUCCACUUGACCGCGAACUCACCUCCGAGUACAACAUUACAGUUAUCGCAGUGGAUGAAGGCAGCCCACCUUUAUCCUCCUCUAAAACCUUUCAGUUAUCUGUGGCAGAUGUGAAUGACAACCCUCCUGUAUUUGAAGAGCAGUUCUACAAAGCUUAUGUAGCUGAGAACAACAAACCAGGCACCUCUAUCUGCUCUGUGACUGCGAGAGACCCAGACUGGAGGCAGAACGGCACAGUGCUGUAUUCUCUGGUGUCCAGUGAGGUCAACGGUGUUCCAGUGUCCUCAUUUUUGUCCAUCAAUGCAGACACGGGGGUGAUCCAUGCUGUGAGGUCAUUUGACUACGAGCAGUUCAGAAACUUCAAAGUCCAGGUUGUGGCCAGAGACAAUGGCUCUCCUCCCCUCAGCAGCAACGCGACUGUGAGUGUGUUCAUAACAGAUGAGAAUGAUAACUCUCCACAGAUAUUAUACCCUGCUCCAGACGGGAAGUCUUUAAUGACUGAGAUGGUCCCUAAAGCUGCUCUGUCCGGCUCUCUGGUCUCCAAGGUGAUUGCUGUGGAUGCUGACUCUGGACAGAACGCGUGGCUCUCCUAUCACAUUGUAAAGUCCACUGAUCCGGGACUUUUCAGCAUCGGUCUCCACAGUGGAGAGAUCAGGGCGCAGCGGGACAUCAGUGAAUCUGACAGCAUGAAGCAGAACCUUGUGAUCUCAGUGAAAGAUAACGGACAGCCCGCUCUCUCUACCAGCUGCUCUGUCUAUCUGCUUAUUUCUGAUAACCUCGCUGAAGUUCCAGAGCUUAAAGACAUGACUUAUGAGGAGAGCAGCUCCAAACUGACGUCAUAUUUGAUCAUCGCGCUUGUGUCCGUGUCCACCUUCUUUCUGACUUUCAUUAUCCUGAUCCUGGCUGUGAGGUUUUGCCGCAGGAGGAAGCCCAGGCUGUUGUUUGAUGGAGCGGUGGCCAUUCCCAGCGCGUACCUCCCUCCCAACUAUGCAGAGGUUGAGGGAGCUGGAACUCUCCGCAGUUCUUACAAUUAUGACGCGUAUCUGACAACAGGAUCCCACACCAGCGACUUCAAGUUCAUCAGAUCCUACAAUGACAACACCCUUCCUGCUGGUGGUACUCUGAGGAAGAGCCCGGAUGACUCUAAUAUCAUCAGUUUCUGUGAGGCAGGGGAAACGCUCGAGAUGAACUUGUUUAUUGCACACAUCAACACAUGGCAGUACUGA